GGUUCAGGAUUAUGCAUUUGGUCCUUGUUCACGACAGUGGAAGAGGGUCACUGGACCCGAAACAUUGACUCCGCUUUGUCUCCACGCCAGACCGGCUGGCUUUCCACAGCAAGUUGCAUUUUCGUUUCCGACUUUGUUUCGCGGAGGAAGUGGCACCGAUGGAUUUAGUGACGGACGGCUCCCAGGCCGACGAGAGCGGGAAGACUGGGGAGGAUGCAACGGGUAACUCAUUUCCCCACCCUUCCCUUUUCUAAUCUUCUUUUGGAAGUUUUUCGUUGUGUCAAGCCGCCAAAGUGGAGAGUGUGAUCGCAGAAGGGGUUGCUUCUCGUUUCAGUGCUUCUUCGGGCGGAGGAGGAGGUAGGGGUGCGCCUCAGCACUAUCCCAAGACUGCCAGCAACAGCACUAAACGAGAUGCCAACUCCUUGAAUGAGAAAGAACGACAAGAUGGAAUCUUCAGGAAAGUCAGAGGCAUUUUGAACAAGCUUACUCCAGAGAAGUUUGACAAGCUAUGCCUUGAGCUCCUCAAUGUGGGUGUAGACUGUAAACUGGUCCUAAAAGGGAUCAUUUUAUUGAUUGUAGACAAAGCCCUUGAAGAGCCCAAGUAUAGCUCACUGUAUGCUCAGUUAUGUCUGCGUCUAGCAGAGGAUGCUCCCAACUUUGAUGGCCCAACUCCAGAGGGUUUGCUGCAACACCACAAGCAAAGUACGACAUUCAGACGCCUUUUAAUUUCAAAGCUUCAAGAUGAAUUUGAAAACCGUACCAGAAAUGUCGAUAUCUAUGACAAGCAUGAUAGCCCCCUCUCAAAUGAAGAGGAAGAGCAACGGGCUAUUGCCAAGAUCAAAAUGCUGGGCAACAUCAAAUUCAUUGGAGAGCUUGGCAAACUUGAUCUUAUCCACGAAUCUAUCCUUCAUAAGUGCAUCAAAACACUUUUGGAAAAGAAGAAGAGAGUCCAACUUAAGGAUAUGGGGGAGGAUUUGGAGUGCCUCUGUCAGAUAAUGAGGACAGUAGGACCUAGACUAGACCAUGAGAAGGCCAAGUCUCUAAUGGAUCAGUACUUUGCCCGGAUGCGUUCCUUGAUGCAAAAUAAGGAAUUGCCAGCUAGGAUUCGUUUCCUGCUGCAGGAUACUGUGGAGUUGCGUGAGCACCGCUGGGUUCCUCGCAAGGCUUUUAUUGACAAUGGACCAAAGACGAUAAACCAGAUUCGUCAAGAUGCAGUAAAGGAUUUGGGAGUUUUCAUUCCACCAGCUAUGGCUCAAGGAAUGAGGAAUGACUUCUUUCUGGAGGGUCCUUUUAUACCACCAGGAAGGAAAUUUGACAGAGACCCACUUGGAGGGCUUGCUGAUAUGUUUGGACAAAUGCCAGGUAGUGGAAUUGGUACUGGUCCAGGCGUAAUUCAAGACAGAUUCUCUCCUACCAUGGGGCGUCAUCGUUCCAACCAACUUUUUAAUGGGCAUGGUGGGCAUGUACCUCCUCAGUCGCAGUUUGGGGAAAUGGGAAGCAAGUCUUUCCUUAAAUCUAAUCAGGGACAGAACCAGCAUUACCAUGGACAAAACCAGGGACACUCAUCCCAGCAACCAACACAAUCCAAGGGCAUGCCUCCUCGGUUCAUAAAGAAAGGACAGAUCAAUGCAGAUGAGAUCAGUUUGAGGCCUGCACAGUCGUUUUUACUGAAUAAAAAUCUAGUGCACAAGCUUCAACCACAAACACCGACUAUGAUUCCACCAAGUGCACAGCCUCCUCGAACUCAAACUCCACCCCUGGGGCAGCCCCCUCAACUAGGUCUCAAAACCAAUCCACCCUUGAUUCAGGAGAAGCCUGUGAAGAACAAGAAAGCACCUUCCAAAGAAGAAUUGAUGAAACUGACGGAAACUAUCUUAACCGAGUACCUGACGAAUCUUAACGUUAAAGAUGCUGUCAAUGGAGUGAAGGAGAUGAAGGCACCAAAGCCUUUUCUGCCAGAAAUGUUGAGCAAGAUGAUUGUGUACACUCUGGAUCGCUCUGACGAGGAUAAAGAACAAGCCAGUACUCUGAUAAAUGCACUCAGACAGGAGGGGCUUGUAACAGGUGAAAACUUCAUGCAAGCUUUCCUGAAUGUAUUGGAGCAGUGCCCCAAGCUGGAGGGGGAUAUCCCUCUGGUGAAAUCGUACUUGGCCCAGUUUGCAGCACGUGCCGUCAUCUCUGAACUUGUGACCCUCUUGGAGCUUGCCCAGCCCUUUGAGAAUGGAACCCACUUCCCCCUUUUCCUGCUUUGUCUACAGCAGCUUGCCAAAUUAAAGGAUCGAGAGUGGCUGACUGACCUCUUUCAACAGAGCAAGGUCAACAUGCAGAAGAUGCUGCCAGAGAUUGACCAAAAUAAGGAUCGCAUGUUGGAGAUUCUGGAGGGGAAAGGACUCAGUUUCUUAUUCCCACUACUAAAAUUGGAGAAAGAGUUGGCAGAACAGAUAAAGAAUGACCCAUCCCCUCAAGCCAUUUAUAAGUGGAUCAAGGAUAACAUUUCUCCCAAAUUGCAUACAGAUAAAGGAUUUGUCAAUAUUCUCCUAACCAGCUUCCUGCAGCACAUUUCAAAGAUGGCCCCUGCUGAAACUGGUGACCCAACAAGCGUUUCUUCCAAAGAAAUGUUGGAACUGGAGAAGCAACUACUCUUGUCCUUUAAGCCAGUAAUGCAGAAGUUCCUGCAUGACCACACUGAGCUGCAGGUUAGCGCCUUGUAUGCAUUGCAGGUGCACUGCUAUAAUCACAACUUCCCUAAAGGUAUGUUACUGCGCUUUUUUGUGAACUUUUAUGACAUGGAAAUAAUAGAAGAGGAAGCCUUCUUAGCAUGGAAAGAGGAUAUCAGCCAGGAAUUCCCAGGAAAAGGCAAAGCUUUAUUCCAGGUGAAUCAGUGGCUAACCUGGCUGGAAACUGCGGAAGAGGAGGAAUCUGAAGAAGAGGAAGGUGACUGAAAACCGGCCAAAGCCUUAAAAUAGUGCAAAUAUACUGUUGCUGUGAUGUAACUGCGUUCAUCCAACCACUGCAGAGAUUCAUUCCACUGUUUGCAGUAUUUAGCGCAGGAGCAUGUCCAUGGCUCAUUUCUUCUGCAUAACCUUAGUUUGUCUUAAGCGUAGUGUACCAUUGAAUCUUAAGAUUACAGUACCUUUUUAGGCAACUUCAUGACCUAAUGAAUAGCAUGCAAUAACUGAACCCUAAAUUUACUCAGUGCAAGCAGUAGUUACAAUGAAGACAAUGCUGUUGGCUGCUGUUCUACAUUGGUUGAUUUUUACAAACUGAAUAGCAACACCAAGACACUGUAGAAAUGCACUUUGCUCAGCAAAAUACUUGAGUCGUUGCAAUAUUUGAUUUUCUUCCCUUGGAUUGUUAAAAAACUUAAAUAAAUUGGAAACUGUAAUCAGUGGGUUGCAGCUGUAACAUUAAUUUGCCUAAAUUUCUACCUCCACUAUUGGGCUUUGUUUUAAGGUGUGUGUGCCAGGGUUAGCUAUGCUUAAAUCCCAUAGCCUGAACAUAGGCAUAAGUCCUUUAAUCUCUAGUUUACCUGCAUAAAGCUUCACUUGUGACAUGGUAAAAUGACAUUAAAGUGCUUGUAUAAGAUGGGGGAGGGAGAGAACUUCAAAGCUGAGAUUAAUGGAACUAACCUUUUUUCCUUUGGACCCCUUUUACGUGAUGGUAACAAAAUGAAGCCUACUUAAUUUAUCGAUUUGUGUUCACUACUUGUUCACUUGCCCUGAUUUUGUACAAGUAACUUGUAUCUAUAAUAAACAUUGUGAUACUUGA